AUGGACACCCAGAAAGAUGUUCAACCCUCAAAGCAGCAGCCAAUGAUAUAUAUUUGUGGGGAGUGUCGCACUGAAAAUGAAAUAAAGUCCAGGAAUCCAGUCAGAUGCAGAGAAUGUGGAUACAGAAUACUGUGCAAGAAAAGGACUAAAAUAUUGGUAGUUUUUGAUGCUCAAUGCAAACAACCAGGCAAAAGCAUCUGCGUUCAGGAUGACUUUGAGCAGCAGCUCAAGCCUUCCAAUGCUCAAGCCGGCCUGCAGGUACCAGGAAGAACAGAAGGGCCACAAUUAGCCUCCAGUUGGUGA